CCUAUCCCAAAAAGAAUUUUUUGCAAGGGGACUCCGGUCACGAAGAAUCGAUCGGGGGACGCUCUUGACGCUCACGGCCAAUGAUGGCUGGUCCCCGUGGAGACAUGGACCAGGAACGAGGACUGCAGGUCAAACUGACUCACAGGCUCUUAUCGUCUCGUCCAUAUCUCAACAGAUCCGCGCGCGGAUCUGGCUGCUAGCUCUUUGCGGCGGGCUGUCACCUCAGGGGGGGAAACUGUCUCAAGUGGCAUUUACCUUUUUGUUUAUCCCGCCACGUCCUGAGUAUUUGACAUUGGACGACAAUUCCUCCUGGUGACUUCAAUGUGCUUGGCCAUGCUGCGAAUAUGAGGUGGCAGUCACGGGCGUGGUCGACUGUAUCUUGUUCAACAUGCAAUCCACAUCCUCUUCGGUGAAGAUGAAGCUCGAGAUCCUGCAGCAAUAUGCGGUGCCUGGGAAUAUCCCAUGGACUAGUCGCAAGGUCAGAAUCAUCGCAGUUCUGUGCGGAAUCCUAUGUCUGCGCUUCUUCCUUGGUGCACUCGACGUAAAACCCAUCCAGAACCGUUUGCCUAAUGCCCUCCGGCAGCAGACCUAUCUCGACCAGGCAGGAUUUCAGUCGAUACCCAUAACCGGCUUCGUCAACACCGGAGACCUCUCAAGCCGCACAUGCGAAGAUCUAAGGCAUGAAGGAGAGCUUCGGGUGGACAAGAGCCUGUACCUCGAAGACGACUUGGAGCACAUUGCACGAUCACUGGCAGGUCAUCCGAUGAUCGACUAUUCCCAGCAGGAGAAGGGGUUGACAUUCCGCCAAAUGGUGGCCAAAACCUGGGCUAGGCUAUCCGGGUCGAGUGUGUGGAUCGAGAAGUUCAAGGUCUUCCUCACCGUCACGAGAGUCAUCUUCUACGACAACGGCCUCCGACACAAGCCAGUCAUCAGCUUCCUGGCGGGCCAGCUUCAUGACGAAAACUGGAACGAGCUGAAGAACUACACCAUCCAGUGGCAGAGCGAGGAGAUCAAAUUCCCCACGGUGUUCAACAUCCCCGCCCCGUUCAAGCAAGGCGACCGAUACUUUGGGCCUGAAGACCCCCGAGUGAUUCUCGAGGAGGGGGUCGAAGAUGCGGAGCCCAUCGUGACGUUCAACAUGCUUUACGACCUGAAAACCGGAGACAGGGCCAUGUAUAUCUUCCGCCCGUUUUCCAACGACACGACCGUCUUGACCAUCACGGGCCAGACCGAGAGGGCGCACGCGGAAAAGAACUGGGCGCCCUUCUUCAUCAACGAGCACGAGCCCAUCUCGCCGGGACACUACAAGUGGCCCAGCCACUACAUCCAUUUUAUCUACGACUUCAACCCGCUGCGGGUGCUCAAAUGCCACACCCUCAACGGUUGGUGCCACUUUGUGUAUGAGCAGAAGGUUCCCGACGAGCUGAGGGGGUCAGGCCUGAAUGCGAACGGGCGGAUGACGGGCGGGACCAACAUGGUGCCGUUGCAACUGGAAACACGUUCCAACCUCAACGCGUGGGUCGGAUUCCCCAGAUCCCACAUCAACAUCGGGUGCACCGACGACCUCGCCAUGUACCGGCCAGAGCUGAUGAUCAUGACGGCACACGGCGACCACUUCUACCUCAGCUUCAUGUCGGGCCCCAUCGACUUCGGCACCGCGGCCAUGACGCCCGAAGCCAUCAGCGACCCCUGCGGCGAGGGCAAGGUGGUGAUAGCCAACAGCAUCGCCAAGUGGGAUCGACGGCCCAAGCACGACGUCCUGACGCUGACCUUCUCGGUGGCCGACUCGACCGUCCAGAUCAUGCAGCUGGCCAGCCUCUCCAAGUUCGUGAGCCAGCUGCCCCAUGUGGCUCAUCUGGACGGCGCGUUCCUCGCCGACAUGUCCAGCCGGAACAAGACCGAGUGGGACCUGCGCUAUACGGCCGUGAGCAAGGAUGUCCUGGACUGCACAAUGGAGGCGGCCUCGUACUAUUCGGAAAUCAUCGCCGCGCCCUUCAAGGGCCUGUCCAAGGAAGAGCUCUCGUAUGAAAACGGAAAAUGGGACUGGAAGGCCGGCGCGGUCAUAUGAAGGCAUGAAAUGGAGGAAUCUCUUUCCAUCUGGGGCUGGCCAACCUUUGGCCUAAAGCUAGGAUGGCAUUUUGACGCACAAAACUCCCCCCCGCCAACUGCGCGAAGAAACGACAUACCAACACUUUUACAAAAGUCUUGACUCGACUCUAACGACCCGCACUGGUUACACCCGGUGCCACGUGUUUUCAAAAACAUCAUUAGGAAGAAACGAGUGCGGACUUGGCGACAGUUUAAAACGGGAAUGAUUUCUGGCAAUGCCUCUCACUUUUUUAAUUUUUACCGUGGGGCGAAAUAAAGGACCAAAAGUCCCCAGAAGCAUCCAGGCGCCCGAUAUCAGUUCACGGAGGCGUGAUAUCACAAAUUUCGUGACGAUGCGGGUGUCAAUAAUGCAACCUUGCAAGCGAUUUGAUGACAUGGGAUCACUAUUAGAGAGGCGGUUUCCUGUUAUUAUGGAACGAUAAGCUGGCGGCGGGGAGGAGAAGAGGUCGAUCUUUGCAGGCGUUCGGGUUUUGAGAUGCGCACGGGACGCGAGGGUCUCGGACUGUAUAUGUGCCGUCCCCCUGAACAUCAGCAGUCCAGAUACACGUAGGGACAUAGAAACAAUGACACACGCCGAAGAGGGCUGACGAACGA